UUCAUCGUAAUGUUCCACACCGACGGCGUCCGAACGAGUUUCGAGCAGAGCUGAGCAACAGCCGUCGCAAUGGCAACUCCGAGGUGUCAGAGUUCCUCGCCAUGCCCAUCUGCGCUGCAGCUCUUGCGCUUUGCUUGCUUACUGGUGUCACUCAAACACUACCCACCACGAAUCUUCCUCGAGGCCUUCCUGAAACGUAAUCGAAAGCUUGAUUUCGUCAUGGAUAUUGAAGGAAGGCGUUCCAUGUCGUGGUCACCACCAAAAUGGAGGAGGAAGACACUUUGCAACGAGGAUGAAUUUUCAAGCGAUGAGGAUGCCUUACCGUCAGCUCAAUGGAACAGGCGGAUGCAGACAGCUAGAAGUAUGGAGGGUUCAAAGCUAAAACCAUCUGUGAGGCAGUUAAAUACUAUCAAUUUGGAAGAUUCUCAAGCGGAACCUCCAAUUUCUCAUAAUCAAACGGAGGACCAUCUUCAUGGAAGUGGAUGGCAAGAUCCAAUCUGCGUUUUAUUUCAGAAAGCAAAUGAGUGGCAAGAUCCAAUAUGUGCCUUAUUCCAAACUAAGAAUUCAGCAACCUGCACAACAGAAAGUCUUGGCUCAGAUGGGAGCUGUAAGCUGGUGACGCCGCUUGAAAGGAGUACUACAUCGUCCAGCAGGACCAAUUCGGGAAAUGGUGGUUUUGUAGAUUACUCUGUCCAAGAGAAAGAGCUCAAAGGUCCUCCGAAGUCAUUACAGAGCGUGACUGGGUGCUUAUCUUCUGCACAACAUCACCGCCAAGCUACCCUAUUCAAGGAUACGAGAUUUCCGCCUGAGCUAAUCGAACGGGCUAUUCAGCUACACGGUGCUCAAGCCGAUGACUCAAUCGUAUUGCAGUUCCUUCUCGAUUGGCGCGAAAAGAAUGCACUAAAAACUGACUACGAGAAACAAGACAAAAGCUACUUCAAGUUUCAGAACAAAGACAGUAGGAGCACUGAAGAAAAUGUGUCUUUUCUACUAACCAUCAGUCAGCAAAUUGCAAACUCAACGAGAAAAAAUGAAACCGAACAGAUUUGGGACAUUGUCGACUCUGAUUCUUCAGACAGUGAUUUUGAUGACGAUGAUGACGAAACAAUUCAGUCAAUGCCUCAAUCAUCUACUGAUCGGACCGUUGAAGACAGAUCGGAUAAUCCACCUACUUUGUUCAAAAGGGAACUUCCAGCCGGCGAGGGUUAUCGCAACCUUAUGAAAAACCAUGGGUUUGAAGCGAAUGUGGUUGACAGGGCCAUUCAAGAACUAGGAGAGGGCGUUGAGUAUGACAUGCUGCUUGAGUAUCUGCUGUACCUGACGGCUCAACAGUAUUCACAAGCACCUUCAAUCUCGGCAAGUUGUGACAAGCGCGCAAGCGUUACAAAAAACCUUGUUGAAGAGCGUAGUUACCCAUCUAAGGAACAAGCAAGUUGUAAGAAGCCAGUGACUACUGUGGAAAAAUUAAUGGAAGGAUGUGGAAACCCAACCAAGGCUGUUGAACGACCUGUGGCAAAUUGUGAGACUCCUUAUUGGAACGCAAAACAAGACCGAAAAGUUGAUCCAGUUGAUUUCAUUGCAGCUUAUGGCGCCGGAUCGAACAAGUCCGAAAGUGAAUCACAUUCCGACGAAGAUCCACAAGAAGACACUGACUGGUCCUGGUUGCGACAAAACGUAGAAGAGGAUUUAAGUACAAGCAUAAGUGGUAAACGAAAGCUAUGCUACAGUGGUGUGCCUCGUAGAAAACCGAUAGUUCGCCUCAACCACCCAUCGAGUUUAAAGCGAGAACAAUUUGAUCAGCCGCCGCUUAGCCGGAUGCAUGGUAUGAAGCCAGAAAAAUCUGAGGAUUUGCCUCCUAGUCGGCGAUUCAGUGUGAAUCGAGAAAAAUUCGAUGACUUGCCUCCUGGUCGGCGACUUAGUGUGAAGCCAGAAGAAUCCGAUGACUUGCCCAAUAGACGUCCAAUUCAUAUGAAGAAAGAACAAUUGGAUCCACCUCCUUUGCGCAGGAGCCAAUUGUUGAGUCGCAUGCCCAAGGUCAAGGUCGAAUCAUCUCAACGAAGAGGAGUGAUUAAAAUUGGUAAACCUCGACUAAGUGAAGAGGGUAGUUCUGUUAUUAUUAAUAAACACAAAGCAUCCGUGGGAUUUGGGUUGCCUGGUACUACAGUACAGCCUCGUCACUUGGAUGAGGAUGUGAAAGGUGCGCCAUUCUUUUAUUUUGAGAAUGUUGCUAACAUGCCGAAUGAUGAGUGGGAAAGGAUACGGAGGCAUCUCUUUGACAUAGAACCAGAGUUUGUUGAUUCGUUGCACUUUUCUGCGUGCCGACGACCAAGGGGAUAUAUCCACAAUUUGCCAAUUGAAGGAAGGCGGAAGAUUCUCAGAGACCCUCCUAUGACUAUUCAGGAACUACUGCCACAUACGAAAUCCUUUUGGCCAGCCUGGGACCCCAGGACGAAGCUCAACUGUAUAACCACUCGAAUGGGAUCUGAGUUUCUAAUUAAGAAACUUCAUAUUGGAGAAGGGACAGCAUUGCAAACCACAGACCCAAGCCCAGAUCAGCAGAGAGAAAUUCUGCACUUGUGCAGGCACUGGAAUUUGGUUUGGACUGCUCCAAACAUCCCAACGCCAAUUGACGAGACUGAGAUUGAGGCAAUGUUAGGCUUUGAUGCAGGUCAUUCAAGAAACAUCCUCAGCAAUAGAUCUAGAUACAAAGCCCUGGGUAACAGCUUUUCUGUCUAUACCGUAGCAUUUCAUUUUUCGGUUUUGAAACCAUUGUAUCCCAAGGGUAUAAAGGUCUUGUCUCUGUUCUCUGGAAUAGGAGGGGCAGAGGUGGCUUUGCACAAGAUGGGCAUGAAGCUCCUGGUGGUUGUUAGUGUCGAGAUUGAUGAUGGUACACGCCGUUGUCUAGAAGCCUGGUGGGCGACCAGCAAACAAACUGGAGUCUUGAACCAGAAUUACCACAAUAUUAAAGACCUUGGGCGAGCUCAGAUCUCUGAACUUGUGAACAAAUAUGGCGGAUUCGAUUUAAUCGUAGGUGGUACUCCAUGCAAUAAUUUAUCUGGAAGUAACCACGUAACUCGAGUUGGACUUGAUGGAACGCAGUCGGCUGUUUUUUUCGAGUUUUCUCGGGUCGUGGCUGCAGUGCGGGAGUUAACAAUGAGACUGCAAUACAAGAAGUGACCAUCAUAAACUGAAAAUGUGUGCGAGCUGAAGUCAUAAUAUAUAUUCCCCUGGCAGAAAUUUGGAACUUAGUCAUUCAACACCUCAAGAUGCUUGACGCAUCGAGAAGAGGUGCUCUUCAUUUAUUGUUUGUCUGUUGCCUAACGCAACUGUAAACAUCGCAGAAGAGGUUGUGGUUUAUAAAGAAUCUGUAUUGGAUGUGGGCUUAUUAAGAAUUGGAAUGCCUAGGUUUUCAGCUGAUCAUCUUUUGAUUUCAACAACAGUACUGGCGUAGUUGUCAAGUGGAUACGCGUGCUUCAUGGAUGAGCGGAUUAGUCAUUUUGUGUAGUCAAAUAGCAGGAUCAGCGGCUUUCAGAAUAUUCCUGCAGAUUGGAGUUCCUUCGGAAAUUGUAACAAUAUUGACACAUCAAACUGCUCAUGCAAAAAGAACAAUAAUAUGAGAAGGUAGACACUAGACCCGAUGGGUUCAUUUCGACCAAUUGAUUUUAGAAAAGCUUAUUUCACUGUGGGUGACAACACCAAGUUUUACCACCUGUGAACUUCACCACCUCAGGCCAAGGUUUUUUGGAGACCAAGAGCUGCUCCAACAAUAUUAGCUGCCACACCAUCUCAUAGUUCAGAUCAAGCUCAACAAGUGAUGAAGGUUGUCAACAAGUUGUAGAACUGCAAGAAGUAGUAUUACAUAAGAAACCGAAUUUGUUCAAGCCCUGAAGCUCUAAUUUGAUGCUCUAAUUCAACGUG